AUGGCGAACAAUAUUGACAUCCACUACGCUACCGAGUCUGAGGCUGCCGCCCUUGGCGGUAUCAAUAUAGCCAGUUUUAGACAUCAACAAAUGUGGCUAAAUGCUCUGCCGGGGAUCGAGCCCGAGAUCUGUAUACCGAUGAAACAGGCUCGCUGUCUUGAGAAGCUCGCGUCCCCUGAGAUUCAUGUCUUCUCUGCGGUGGAUACCAGUGUCGAUCGGAUAGUGGGGUAUGCCCGCUGGACGGUUCCCUGGGAGGAAAAUCAAGUCGAGUUAUCUGAGGAGGGCAGAGCGAUGGUGGCGAAUGCAGCAAGUCUAAGACCAAAGGAGAUGAGGGAAGAUAUCUGGGAAGCAGCUUUUAGGCGGAUGAAAGAGAAAAGGGCCACUCACGUUAGGAAGGAUGAUAUGAUCCUGGAUAUACUAGCCAUUUCCCCCGAGCACCAAGGCAAAGGGAUCGGCAGCAAACUACUACAGUGGGGGACUCAACACGCUGAUGCCCGCAACGCGCGCAUCUAUCUCGAGGCCACCAUCGAGGGAUACCCGCUCUACCGCAAGUACGGGUGGCAUGAAAUGGAGAGAAUUGUGAUCGAUUAUGCAGAGUACGGUGGCACCGGCCAGGCGGUGUUCGUGCUAAUGAUGCGAGACCCUCAGGGGACCGCCGUAACACAGGCUUGA